UCUGUACACACGCUUCCAAACUGCCUACCCCCUUUGCGAUAUGGACUGAGGACAUUUUGUCAUUUUCUGUGUUAUAAAGUAAUAUUUUUGUGUAGUGUUAUGCACUAUUAAGUGACGUGUUUGUUUUAAAGUUAUAGAACUGUGGUUUAAUAAGGAAUUUCAGAUUAUUUUCAGAUGACCAUAAAAUGAAGAGCUAAACCCAAAAUGGACUCCCCGGUGUCAUCCCAGGAUAAUGAUAUCGAAGUCAACGUGGUGUCCGGUGCGAGCAGCCCGGAUAUUACGUCAUCACCGACUAGAAGAGAACAGAAGAGUCCUUUCUACGAGUUGAAGAAGGAUAAAGAAGAGAAAGCGACUGGCAGCGCGCCGUACACCAGCUUCUCUAUUAGUUCAAUAUUAAAUAGAACGGAACCAAGAAGAGAAUCGAAUGUUCUAGAAGCUGCUUUAGCAGCUAAUCAUUUCGGAUCCAAUGACGCGAUGUUAUCAAGACUGGGUCUUAUCUCUCAAUGGAGCGCACUCGCCGGACGUUACGGCGGCCUGGUGCCCGCGCCCUGGUACUGGCAACGACCGCACGAACGGACCCCGCCAAGAGAAGAUUCAACCACCAAUGAAGAAGGCUCAGCGGGAGGUUCCCCCCGGCCGCGCAGCCCCCCUCGCGCACCUUCCCCUCCAUCGCCAUCCCGCUCAUCUCCGAGGUCUCCGCGCCUGCACCCCGCGCUUUAUCCUCAACAACAAGAUCCACAGGACUCCGACCCAGAUGUCGACGAAAGCGAUGACUUCGAUAAAGAUGAAAAAAGAGAUCCCAAUGCCAACUUAGGCAAACGAAAGAAGAAGACCCGUACCGUCUUCUCGCGUUCCCAAGUCUUCCAACUCGAAUCAACCUUCGAUAUGAAAAGAUAUCUAAGCAGUUCCGAACGCGCGGGACUGGCUGCCAGUUUGCACCUCACGGAGACACAAGUCAAGAUCUGGUUUCAGAAUAGACGCAACAAAUGGAAAAGGCAAUUGGCCGCGGAAUUGGAGGCGGCCAACAUGGCGCACGCUGCUCAGCGUUUAGUUCGGGUGCCAAUUUUGUACCAUGAAUCGAGACCGACGAUGCCGCAUACCCCUUUACCGAUACAUCCGCAGUUUUCGAACGAACCCGGCGUGUACUUCCCACCUCAAGCACCGCAGCCGCUGCAGCCGCUGCCUGCGUCCCCGGUCACGUCGCGAGCUCCACUCUCUAGUCUAGUGUAGUGUCAACUUGAAG